CCCUUCUUUUGCUUUUGAAGAGAAUGUUCUGUGAUAGUUCAAUUUAUUACCGGAUGCUUUGGCCGCCUGCCCCUCAGCUGCUAAACUUUCCACCCAAUCAACAGCAGGAGCAGAUCCCACGUCCUGUGGUGCAGUUUGAGGGUCCUCCGGGUCACCAGCUCGAUAUAGCACCUCGCCGUUGGAGGUCACCGCGAGCCGUUCCGGAUGGCGAGGUCUCCAGAGAACAGCCGACCAGAAAUGGCCCCACUCCGGAACUGCUUUUCGUGCGGCGCUGUUACAUGCUGGCCGGCCUGUUUUCGAUGUCCAUGGCAAUCCUGGCCAUGAUCCUGACCAAGGCCUUUCCCCAAAAUGCUGAUCCCAUGAUACCCGGCUUUGUUUGCGCAAUGGUGUCCCUCUUAGUUCUUUUCGUUCUCUGCAUCGGAGGCAAGCUGCGACAGUUCUACUGGUUCAGCCUCGUCCUGAGCGCAUUGUUCGUGCAGCUGGCUGGCGUGGGCGUGAUCCUGGUUCUGCUGGAUCGGUGUCUAGAGCACGUAUGCAGCGCCCUUCUGGCCGCCAUGGCCGCAAUGGUUGGCUGCUAUUUUGCUGGAGCCUGGCUGCCCAGGAUCGUCCUUCCAGGCGAGGCCACCAUGAUCCUGCUCCUCAUCGUCUUCGUGGUGUGCUCCAUUUUCGUAAUGACCAUGUAUAUUUUCACGGAUAAUUGGAUCUACCAAACGCUUUACUUCCUUCUAAUGGCCAUCAUGCUGGUGCCCACAUCCUUGUAUCAUGCCCAGGUGGUUCACGGCAGGCGAUUCCAGUUACCCGAGCACGAGUUCGUAGUCUGCGCCGUCCACGUCUAUUUGCACUUUCUGUUGUUCUUCGCGGCCCUUUACUGCAUAAUCUGGACACACAACUGGUGGGGAAUUUAGAGCCUCCUAAGCUUUAAAUGGAUUGUGAUGGUGGGAAAGGCUCGAUCCCUUCGGCUGGCUAAUAAAACUUACUUUU